AUGUACAAAGUGAUGGGAUCUGUUCUAAGGCACGAUACAUACUUUUAUAAGGUGUUCAAGGUGUACACACAAUUAUGGAAGUUUCAGCAGGAGAAUCGGCAGAAGCUAGUUGAAGCAGGGCUUAGGAGAUGGGAAAUUGGUGAGAUUGCAUCUCGCAUUGGUCAACUGUAUUUUGGGCAGUACAUGCAAACAAGUGACGCAAAUUAUCUAUCAGAGUCAUAUAUAUUCUAUGAGGCCAUUUUGACUCGGGAGUAUUUUAAGGAGGGAUUGUUUCAGGAUGUGAAUAUUGCAAACAAACAAUUGAGGUUUCUCGCUAGAUUCAUAAUGGUGUGUUUGAUUUUGAAUCGAAGGGAAAUGAUGCAGCAAUUGGUUAAUCAGCUUAAAGCAUUAGUUGAUGAUUGCAAGAGAGCGUUCCAGGAAAGUGACUUUAAAGAAUGGAAGCUGGUGGUUCAAGAAAUAGUCAGAUUUUUAAAAGCUGACACUGCUUUUAUGAAUCUCAGGCCACUAAGAUACAGUCUAGUUUUGGACCCUCAUCCUGAUACCUUGCCACAUGUUGCUGCAGCCAUUGCGAAGCGACAUUUGAAACUACGAGAUGCUGUAUUAAGUAGUUUCCAUCAAAAUGAGGUAAAGUAUUCAGAGCUCACUAUUGACACUUUUAGGAUGCUUCAAUGUCUGGAGUGGGAACCCAGUGGCUUAUUUUACCAGUCUAGCAGUUCAAAACUUAGCCAAAAUGGGGCUAGCGGGACUAGUCGUAUCAGUUACAUCCAAGACAUUGCUGACCCUACUUUACCAGCAAACCCACGGAAAGCUGUGUUAUACCGUCCUGCAUUAACACAUUUUAUAGCUCUUCAGGUAAAGAUGAACUCUGUCUUUUCAACAUCAAAUGCAGGAUAUUGUAGUGAUGAAUCUGGUUGCAUUCACUUUGGUCCUCGUGGAGAUAGAGGAUCAAACUGCAUAUAUCCUUCUGACUUUCUGCCAUUUACUAGAAGACCACUUCUUUUAAUCAUUGAUAAUGACAACAGCAACGCUUUUAAGGCCAUAGCUGAUGCAGAAAAGGGAGAGCCAGUUGCUAUGCUCCUUUCACCAAGCUGUUCUCCUGCUGUGUCUGAUUGCUCACAUCAUUCAAAUGGGGGCCUGUUCACCAUGUUUCUUACAGCUCCGCUGCAAGCUUUCUGUCUUCUGCUAGGACUUUCAGGCACUGAUAUUGAUUUGGACACAUUCAACAAAGCUGAAAUGUCACUCACAUCUUCACUAAAUAACUGGGGACUAGCAUUGGCAACAUCGGACACGCUUAAUCCUGUUUGGGGGCAGAUUUUAGGUGAUCCCUUCAUAAGGAGGCUUAUUUUGAGAUUCAUAUUUUGUCAGGCAGUGUUGACCCUAUAUGCACCAGUUUACAAAGAAAACAAAUUCCUUCCUACAUGUGUCCCUUCUCUUCCUAUUCCUGUCCUGCCUCCAAACUACUCGUAUCAGAGUGUAAUUCUGAAUUUAGCCAGCAUGUUUGGUGGAACUAAGCAUUUCAUCUUCUCAGAGGAUGUUCUUCGUGAAAAUUUACAAACCAACAUGAAUCAGUUGACUCUAUGA